GGCUCGGUAUCGGUUUUGAGUUUUCAGGAUUUAUAAUAAUUCAGCAAUUAUUGUAAAUUAGUGCUAUGUUUUAUGACUAAAUUGUAUACGUAAUAAAAUUUGUUUGAAAAAUGGCAGAACAAUUAGUUGUUCACGAUGACAUCAGAUUGUACACUACAUCAGAUAAGUUUUACUUGGAACCACAUAUAAAUCCCACGGAGAUUUUAAUAAUCGACAGGAUUACUGGAGAAGCCAGUGUUAAAGAUGUUAACUCUGUGAAGAUUCCAAUACCUCCUAACGCAUACAAGCCUGUCUGUGGAUUCCUGGGCUCCAUCAAGCUCAUAUCUGGGUUGUACCUGGUGGUUGCCAAGUGCAGGAUAUCGAUUGGCAAAAUUAAUGGGCAAGAGAUAUUUCAAUUGGCUGAUGUUGAUAUCAUUCCAUAUGCUAGAUCCACCACUCAUCUCACCAGCAAACAGAUAGAAGACAACAACACAUAUGAGAAGAUGCUGAAGUAUGCCCUGGAUACGCCAGGGAUCUACUUCUCAUACUCUUAUGAUCUCACACACACAAUGCAGAGGCUACAUUCCGUUACACCUGAUUUUCAUAAGAUGUCGCUGGCGAGUCGCGCCGAUUCUCGGUUCUUGUGGAACGGUUACCUCCUGAAGGAUUACACUGAUCAACAGUUUUCAAGAUUUGCAUUGCCGAUUAUACAAGGAUUCGUGUCCGUCAACAAUGUGAGCAUCAACGGACACCAUCUGACGUGGUCGCUGGUGUCGCGCCGCGCCACCGACCGCGCCGGCACCAGGCUCUUCAUGCGCGGCGUCGACGCCCAGGGUAACGUGGCGAACUUCGUGGAGACGGAGCAGAUAAUCGAACGCGGCGGCGAGAAGUCCUCCUUCGUGCAGACACGCGGCUCCAUCCCGCUCUACUGGACGCAGUACCCCGACCUCAAGUACAAGCCGGGCAUGUCUCUGGCGGCGGAAGACCACGUGGCGGCGUACACGCGCCACCUGCGUGACCAGCUGCAGCGGUACGGCAACCAGGUGCUGCUCAACCUGAUCGACCAGCGCGGCAAGGAGGAGGCGCUGGAGCGCGGGUACCGGGCGGCGGUGGCGGCGGCGGCGCUGCCGGCGGUUCGCUACGAGCCGUUCGACUUCCACGCAGAGUGCCGCGGCAUGCGCUACGACCGCCUGGCCGUGCUGCUGGACCGCGUGGCGCACGAGCAGUCGGAGUUCGGGUAUUUCAUGUCACGCGGCGGCAGCGUGCUGCUGCGACAGGGCGGCGCGUUCCGCACCAACUGCGUGGACUGCCUCGACCGCACCAAUGUGCUGCAGAGCCUGCUCGCGCGCCGCCACCUGGCGCAGGCGCUGCGCCUGCUCGCCGUCACCAACACCGACGACGAGAUACCGCACUUCGAGCCGUUGUUCCGCAACGUGUGGGCGGACCACGCGGACAUGAUAUCGGUGCAGUACUCGGGCACGGGCGCGCUCAAGACGGACUUCACGCGCACGGGCAAGCGCACGCGCGUCGGCCUGCUGCGGGACGGCAUCAACUCGCUCACCAGAUACUACAAGAACAACUUCAGUGAUGGUUACCGACAGGACUCCAUAGACCUGCUGCUCGGCAAGUACACGGUAGCGGACGGCGAGGGCAGCGCCGUCAAAUGCCCGCUGCGACGUGACAGGGACUGGAAAUAUGUUGCGCUGCCGUCGCUGCUGCUGGUGUGCAUGUCGAUGUUCGUGGCGAGCGGCGCGAGCGCCACGCGGCGGUCGGACGCGCUGCUCUACCUCAUGUUCUGGGGCGCGGCCGUCGGCGCCACCCUCACCGUCAUCUUCAAGAACGGCAAGGAGUUCGUGGACUGGCCGCGGCUGGACUGCGGCGGGCUGGCGACGCGCGGCCCGCCUCCAUCGUCUUUAUGAUCCAAGACCUCCAGCUCGUAAUCGUCGUCUAGCGCCCAUUAUCUGAAUAGAACCAUAGACAAGAGAAGGAAAGGAAUAGUAACUAAUGUUCCAUUUUCAAAACUUGUUCCAUUUAAAAAAAAUGGAUAAAAGGUUACUAUUCUUAUCUAUGCCACUUGUCUAUGACCUGCAGUGUGUUAGAAAAUUUAUAAUUAAAUUACACUAUUCUAAUGGAAAAAGGAAGAUUGGGUGAUGGAUAUUUGAAUCUUAACAGAGGGUUAAAACAGUGGGUAAAGUUCAUUCCAUUUUGUACUUUAUUUGAAAUGCGGUCGAGUACUUUUUAAGACUUUACUGUUAUGAGUUACCAAAACGGUCAAUAUACGAUAGUUAACGUCGAAAACAAAUACAUAGGUCAUUCCAAUAUGGCUCGUGAAUCGUGAUCCUAUGUACCAUCGAGGAAGUCGAUUCCUAUGCGAUUGACAGACCAACG